ACUGCCUCCUUCUUGAGGGAAGUGCUUCUGAGGGAAGCAGCCAUGGAGAGAAGAAAAAAAGAGACAAAAAUAUCCACAAAGUUUAGUCUAUAAUUGGCUGUGCCUCUUGGGUUUUUUUUUUUUUUUUUUGAGUGUGAGCUCGGCCCAGUCAAGAACAGUGGAAGCCACCUCAUCUCCCAGUGAAACUCUACACUUUCCUCCCUGGAAGUUCCCUCCCACUCCUUCCACCCAUCCAUCCACAAGGUUGCAGGAGCUCACCUCAAAACAUUUUUGUCUUCAGCGUACACUGGAUUGGCACCCUGGAUUGGAAGACAUCUCCAUCCUGUUUCUGGUUGCUGCAGGGGGACGUUUUGGACUUGUUGUGGCCCGAUGAUGAUGCUGCUGUGGUUCUGACUCACGGAGUGAACACUGAGGCCACAGGGAGGACUUCGCCACCAGGAGCACUGACUGACAGCCCAGACCUGAAAACUUGAUGGUGGUUGUCAGAUAAACAAAGCAGACCAAAGCCGAGCCUGAGAUGGAAUCACGACUGGGAUUUCGGCUCGGUCUGAUGUGCUUCAUCCUGGCCUUGACUCUUUCCCAGCAGAGAGUUAAAGCUCAGAGAGCAGGGUGUAAAAAUGUCCACUAUGACUUGGCUUUUAUUCUUGACACUUCAUCGAGCGUGGGAUUGAAGAACUUUGACAAGAUUCGGCAGUGGGUUGCCAACUUGGUGGAUUCAUUUGAUGUGUCUCCUGAUAAGACAAGAGUCGCUGUGGUUCGAUACAGUGACAGACCCACGAUUGAGUUUAACCUGAGCCGAUACAGAACAUUAGAAGACGUAAAACGAGCCGCCCGAAACAUACGCUACCUGGGAGGGAAUACAAUGACUGGAGAGGCAAUCAGCUACACCACCAGCAACAUCUUCAUCGAGAGGAACGGGGCGAGGCCUCAAGCCAAAGGUGUUCAGAGGGUGGCCAUCCUGCUGACAGACGGUCGAAGCCAGGAUUAUGUUCUAGAGCCCUCACAGGCAGCUGCAAAGGCCGGGAUCCGCAUGUUUGCUGUGGGUAUCGGGGAGGCUCUGAAGGAAGAGCUGGAGGAGAUCGCAGCCACGCCAAAAAACGCGCACGUCUUUCACGUGACCGACUUCAACGCCAUUGACAAAAUCAGAGGCAGACUGAGGAGGCGGCUGUGUGAGAAUGUCUUGUGUCCAAAGAUGAAGGUCCAGCCUGAUCGCUUCAAGCCCAACAGCACCAGUUAUGGUCUGAAAGAAGUUCCAGGGUUCGACCUGAUGGAGUAUUUCAGCGUGACAGACAUUCUGGGAGGCAGGAUUGAUGACGGCCAAAGUCUGUACGUCCGUCUGGGGACCAUGCCGAUAGUCCAACAAACAGAAGAUGUGUUUCCUCAAGGGCUGCCAGACGAAUAUGCAUUUGUGACAACAUUCAAGUUCAGAAAAACCUCCAGACGAGAAGAUUGGUACCUUUGGCAGAUUUAUGAUAAAUAUGGGAUCCCACAGGUGUCCAUUCGUCUGGACGGCGAGAACAAGGCGGUGGAGUACAACGCCGUGGGGCUGACAAAAGAUGCUGUUAGAGCAGUGUUCAAAAACCCUGAAGUUGACAACUUGUUUGACCGCAACUGGCAUAAAAUUGCUCUUAGCGUAGAGGCCAAGUCUGUCUCUCUGUACCUGGACUGCAAACACAUCCAGACUCUGCCCAUUGAAGACAGAGAAGACAUAGAUAUCCACGGGAAGACUGUAAUUGGCAAGCGAGUGUACGACAGCGUGCCGAUUGACUUUGACCUCCAGAGGAUGAUGAUUUACUGUGACUCCAAGCAUGCAGAGCUGGAAACCUGUUGUGAUAUUCCCAAUGCGCCAUGCCACAACACUGUUGUGACGGAGGCCCCCCCUGUGGAGAUCUUCACGCCAACACCCACCGCUGCAGAGCAGAAAAAGCCCCCCGAUGUGAACUGCUCCUCCUGCUCUUCAGGGGAGAAGGGAGACAUUGGUGCCCCCGGUGUCGCAGGCCCAAAGGGUGAAAAGGGAGACAGUGGCCCUAAAGGUGCCGUCGGACCAGCUGGUGCCAAAGGGGAAAAAGGAGAUUCUGGCAGACUGGGCUCUGUCAAAGGUGACAGAGGUGAGAAGGGUGAUAGAGGCAGUGUAGGGCUGCCAGGUCCUCCUGGACUGAAAGGAGAGAAGGGUGUUGGAGGGAUCCCUGGCAUUGAUGGAUUAUCAGGUGACAAAGGAGACAGAGGAGAAGCAGGCCCUCCAGGUGUUCCAGGGGGGCCAGGUUCAACGGGAGAGAAGGGAAUCCAGGGGGAUGCAGGAGUUCCAGGUCUACCUGGACCUAAAGGUGUUACUGGGGAGAGAGGCAUUCCUGGAUUACCUGGGGACGUUGUACAGAAAGAAGGCCUAAGAGGAGAAAAGGGAGAUGCUGGACCUCCGGGCCCUCCAGGAGCUGUGGGUCCCCCCGGACCUGCUGGUCCUCCUGGUCCACAAGGUCUUCCCGGGGAGCAUGGAGAUCCUGGUCAGAGGGGCAAGAAAGGUGAAAGUGGACUGCCAGGAGUAGACGGGCUACCUGGACCUCAGGGUCCAGAGGGGCCGCCGGGGCCACAGGGAGUCCAAGGCCCACCGGGACCGUCUGGUCUUCCUGGAGAGCUGGGAUUUUCAGGAAAACCAGGAGAACCGGGAAAAGCCGGCCUUCCUGGUAAAGAUGGUUUGGACGGUCUGCCUGGAAACGACGGGGCCCCGGGGCUGCGGGGAGAGCGGGGGGCAGAUGGCUUCCCUGGCAAACCUGGACCAAAGGGGGAUGAGGGGCCUCCAGGGCCCAGAGGUCCUCCAGGGGAGAGAGGGGAAGCCGGGACCCCUGGACGACCUGGAGGUGAAGGUGCGAGGGGAGACCGGGGCACUCCGGGAGAUAGGGGUCUGCAGGGACCCAUUGGGCCCAAAGGGGAUAAAGGUGACCAGGGUGACGUGGGACCGAGGGGGCCGCCUGGGAUCCCAGGAAACGUGGCGAACGUCAUCCCAGAGCCGGGGGAACCUGGAAAACCCGGAGAAAAAGGGGAGAAGGGGGACCAGGGAAAGCCAGGAGAGCCGGGUCAAAGAGGAUUACCUGGAGAACAAGGCUUUAGAGGAGCUCCUGGAGCCAUGGGUCCAAAGGGGGAGGCUGGCUCACCAGGGGAACCCGGCCGUGUUGGAGACCCUGGACCACCUGGUGUGGCUGGGACUCAGGGGGCACGGGGACUUCCAGGGAAUGUGGGCAUCCCAGGGAUCAUUGGGCCGCCCGGCCCGGCUGGCCAAAGAGGAGACAAGGGGGAACCAGGUAAACCAGGACAAUCCGGCCCUCAGGGACCCCCUGGUGAACCAGGCAUCAUUGGACCCCCAGGACCAACAGGGAAGGGAAAAGACGGUCUAAAUGGAGAUCCAGGACCUCAGGGGGUUCAGGGCCCCCCAGGACCAAAGGGCCCACCAGGGCCUCGCGGACAGCAGGGGAUGCCAGGAGACAGAGGUCCACCCGGAGAGGGCAAAGAGGGCCCAUCGGGUCCGCCAGGGAAAGACGGGAUGCCGGGCCCCGCGGGUUUAAGAGGUGUUCCAGGAGUGGCAGGUCCUAUAGGUCCAGCAGGACACAAUGGUCUACCAGGAAGACCGGGAGAAAAGGGAUCACCAGGAGAGCCUGGAAAGGCCGCAGACCUCUCAGACCUGAAUCUGAAGGAUGUUUGCUCAGACUGCCCAGCUGGCCCACCUGGACCACCGGGACUUCCAGGAGUACCGGGAGAUAAAGGACACCAGGGACCUCCGGGGAAAAACGGCCAAGAUGGAUACCAGGGUCCACCUGGACUGCCGGGUGCUCAAGGACCCCCUGGAGCUGAUGGAGCAAAGGGCAUAAAAGGUGAUCGAGGACCUGCAGGAAACCCUGGAGACAAAGGCGAGAAGGGUCACCCAGGACCUCCUGGUCAUCCUGGCCCUCCUGGGAUUUUGGGAACACCUGGUAACGAUGGACAGCCUGGCCCAAUAGGACCCCCAGGGCCCCCUGGAGAAAAGGGCAAAGAGGGCCUCAAAGGAAUCCAGGGUCCACCGGGUCUCCCUGGUUUGAUAGGUCAGCCUGGAAAAAUGGGAAAAGAUGGCAGACCAGGAGAACCAGGAGAAUCCGGCAAACAAGGGGAACCAGGACCUCCAGGAAACCCUGGACUCAGAGGACUUCCUGGGUUCAAAGGCCACAGAGGAGAAGCUGGAAUUCCAGGACCAAAGGGAGAAGAUGGAAAACCUGGAUCAGCUGGGCGCGACGGCAAACCCGGCAAAGAGGGUCCCAAAGGACCUCCAGGCCCAGAGGGAAUUCUCGGUCCAAGAGGAGAACCGGGGAAGCCAGGAGAACCUGGACCAUCUGGAAAACCAGGACUCCCUGGAGCUCCUGGUCUCAGGGGAGAUAAGGGAGAAUCUGGUAACCCAGGAUUACCGGGUUUCAGUGGGCCCAAAGGCCCUGCAGGCCCACCUGGUCCCAUCGGUCCAGAAGGAAAACAAGGAAUGCCGGGCAGAGCUGGUGACCGCGGUCUGAAAGGAGACAAGGGAGACCCGGGCACAAAAGGAGAUAAAGGACAAUCUGGAGAUCCAGGUAUACCUGGAAAUCCUGGCCCCCCAGGCAGAAAAGGUCACACAGGGAUGAUGGGCAUGUCAGGACCACAAGGGGAAAUUGGACCCCCAGGACCUCAGGGAACAUCAGGAAAUCCCGGUCUCCCGGGCCCCAGGGGGGAGUCUGUGUCACUGGAGGAGAUGAGGCGGCUCAUCCAGGAGGAGCUGGCAAAACAGCUAGAUGCCAGACUGGCGUACCUCAUGAGUCAGAUUCAGCCAGCUCAUGUGAAGAGUGUAGCAGGUCGUCCUGGACCCCCAGGCCCCCCAGGCAAGGAUGGCAGCCCUGGACGUCAGGGUCCUGCUGGAGAACCAGGCAUGCCUGGACAGAAUGGAGGAGAGGGACCCAGAGGCCCCAUGGGUCCAAAGGGAGAAAAAGGAGCAAAGGGUGAAAAAGGAGAACCUGGUGUUGGUGACAGAGGAGAGCCGGGUCCUGUGGGUCCUAUAGGACCAGCUGGUUUGCCCGGUUAUGGAAAAGAUGGAAGCCCCGGACAAGCUGGGGCUCAGGGAGAGCCAGGAAACCCCGGCCCCCACGGCCAACCCGGUCCUCCAGGCCCUCCCGGUCAGUGUGAUCCCACCCAGUGUGCCUACUAUGCCAGCCUGGCACAGAGACCCCACACCAAGAAUGUGAAGGGGAAAUAAGACUUUAUGGGCAGUCUGAACCAAAGAUCUCAUUAUUUCUAACCUCAGCGUGGAGAGCUGAGGAACCGGUGCUGUGGUCAGAUUCUUCUUUUUGUUUUGUGGUACCAAACUUGGGUUGGAUGGGGUUUAAUCUACAAGGGAAAUUUCUCAGAUGUCGGGGCACAGAGGGCAGCUACGCAGCUUUUCCUCUUACCUGCAUGCUUCCUGCGCGAGGAGGUAUUUUGAAUGUCACAGUCCUGUCAGCAUUUUCCUCACCUGGUUCCACUCAGGCCACCCCCUCCCCCCCACCCCUGCGCUGCUCCAUUCAGUCAAACUCUUGUAAGGAGAUCUUCUGCUAUUUUGAUGAUAAUCGCUGCAUUACUGCUGAGGACUUACCCCGCACUUACAGCGCCAGCGUCAAGGCUCAGUUGCGUGUGCCGUGGUCUUUUUGUAACAUUAAAAGUGCGAGAGGAACUCCUACUGCAGGCGUUCACGUCCUGCCUCUGCGAACUGACCUCUGCGUCGCUGCGAGUCCUUUUCGUUUGGUUCAA